UCGAACAUCUGCGCAUUCUAACAUCUAAUCGUAGGCCAGAUUUUAUUGAUUGAUUAUUCUCCUGAUUAUGGAUCAUGAUUUCAUGCCUGUUGUAUCUGAUUGGAUGCUAGUGAUUGUGUUUUACCUUGUUGGGUGCCAGGUAUUUUUUGCAUUCCUCUAAGUUUUUCUUGAGCUUUUUGUCUGGGAUGAAGUUCAGUUCCUCGAAAACAGUUUGAUUUUUUAUUCAGGUCUUGCUUUUGUGCUCACUUAGGCAUUUCCUGGAAUGGUGCUCAGUCUAGGGCUAGUUAUUCUCCACCACGGAGGCAGGACCUUCCUGAGAACAUGCUCUACCCAGUGCCCCAUGAAAGGUCUUUCCAGUCUAGCUGCUGGGAACAGGUGUUGCUCCUGGCACUCACCGUUCCUGCUAAUGCUUUCGGAUAUUUCAUUCCUCAGGCUUAUGCAUGCAGUGAUCAGAACUCUACUGAAUAGUCAAGGGGACCCUCUGCUGAUCGUUGGGGUUCUCUCUCUGUGCAGCUAUCUGCUCUCUCCUAAGAAAUGGGGCUGAUUUGGUCUCUGGACACUGACCUUCCUCUUUCCAACCCAGGCUUCAUCUUAGUUUCCCCCUCCUGCACAUGCCUUGGAAAAUAUGUAAAGCCAAGUAAGCUGGGGCACUCGUCGAACUCAACUUGCUUAGUUCCAAUGUCCUUCAGUGCCUGGUGUCCAGUGCCUAGGAAACUGUCGUUUCAUACAUUUCGUCUGUUUUUUGUUUCAUCGUUUGUUUCAAAUGGAAAGGUAAAUCCAGCCCUUUCCCUCAUCCACCUUGAUCAGAAGCAGAAAUUGAUAGCUAUUAUUAUUCUAGUAUUUAUUCAAAAUAUCUGUUGGGGAGUUCCCUGAUGGUCCAGUGGUUAAGGAUUUGGCAUUGUCACUGCUGUGGCAUAGGUUCCAUCCCUCUAUCCCUGGCCCAGGGACUUCCUCAUGUCCCAUAAAGAUAUAUAUAUAUAUAUGAGAGAGAGAGAGAGAGAGAUAUUGGGCACCUCCUCGCACCAGGCACUGCACUAGGUAACUCGGUGCUGGCUAUAUGGUGAUGAACCAACAAUAAUGGUCCCUGGCCUCAUGGCCAGUCUGACAUUUUGGGAUCCACGUGCAUGGGAAGAAAUAAAUGCCCUGCUCCCUGGACUUACACACAUUGCCAUGGAUCAUAGGUGGCCCUUCCUCUCAAGAAAUUCAGAAUUAAGGGAGACUAAAGCGAAUUCAUUAACCCAAAGGGAGCUUUGAAAAGUAUUAUGUGAGAGACACAAAGGCUCUGGGCAUACAUAGGAAGAAGUAAUAAGUUCUGACUGGAAGUAUAAGGAAAGUCUGCAUGGGGAAGGUGAAUGUGAGUGAAGCCUGAGUGUGUGUCCUUUUGAAUGGACAAAGGAAAAAAGGUAGAAGUCUCAAGGUGCUUUUAAACCUGAAAGCAGUUAAUCACAAUUUCCUCCUAGCAGACACAGCCCUCAGGCUGGCUCUUCUUUAACCAAGAGAACAAAGAGAAGCCUAAUCUCCUGCUGGAGAGGAAGCUGCCCCAGGAAGUGAAUCCUGAUUUGCCUGAAUCAGCCCUGGAAAUUUCAUUCCCAUUUCUGUCACUGGAUCAGGCAUAGGUCUGUGACACCAUUCUGUCCAAUGAGAGGUGAAGAAAGUCUGCUGGGAAAGUUUUCUUCCUGAUAAAGAGAGGAAACACCCCCUUUCCCCCUGCCUCUGACAGAAAAAAACAAAACAAAACAAAACAAAACAGAAAACCUGGUUCCUAGAUGAUAUUAUCAAGCCACUUGAAUUAACCACUCUGAAAGCGAUCUAAUGUGAGACAUCUUGUUACAUGAGAUGAUAAAGUUUUAUUGUUUUAGUAACUUCUGGAAGGAUUUUGUUGUUUUUGAUGGUGUCACCUGCAGCCAGGAGUAGCAGAUCAGCACACUCCAGACCAACUGGCCUAUCUGAAAUUUGCUUUUCCUUUCCACUGGUAUAAUCUGCUGCUAAUUGUCACUCCUCUUGCUUCUGGUUCCUUUGCCUUAUCAAUAACAAAGAUUAAAGAUGACAAUAUAUUCAGCCAUACAUGCACAUGGGAAGAAAUAGAAAGCAAUUUUUAAAAUGAAAGAACAUAAUUACACAGUGAAAUACAUUGACUAUUUAAAAGCGUCACUCACUCCUGAUCCUUUGGUUGAAAGGACUUGUUUAACUCUCAGAGGACAGGGGAGGAAAGGAAAUAAAAAAGAAGAGAAUGUAGGAAAGCCCAGGGGAAAUAAUAUAAACUUCUGCAUUCCCAGCAGUGCUGGAAUUCUCUAGUAAUUCCCACAGAAGCCAAGACCACCUCUGGAACAAUUUAACUGUUGGAAACCACCAGUGUCUGCCAAGAAACCCACUAGAACAGGGGCAAAGGAUGUGCCAUCCUCAUUCUGGAGAGUCUGGAUCAAUCCCAGGAGCCCAGGCCUGCCGGUGGCAAAACUGUGAAUAAGCAAAGACUGUCGCCAAUCUCCACCCACCUUCUCAUUCCCUUCCUGAUCCUCCUCCUGUUUUAGCUCUAAAGUCUUUCUCUCUGUACCUCCUCCCACUCCUCCUUGUCACCCCCGCCCCACUCAACAAAUCACAUCCUGCUAGCCCUCAGGAGCACAGAGAGUACCAAGCCUCCUGCCUCAGGGCCCUUGCAUUUUAAUCAGGACCUCUUCCACACCCCAGGCAGUGCUUCUCUACUGCUUAAAAUUCAAGCCUCUGGACAGGCAGUGGGGGACAAGCCGCUUGGGCACAGCAUUUGCUGUCUCCUGCAGUGUCAGUGCAGGUGGGGUGAAGCACCAAGGAGUACAUGGUCAGGUCUCACGGCCAGCCAGUGGGGAGUGCCAGAUCACAAGGACAUUACUUCAAACUCUACUCCUCUCUGCCAAUGCACAUAAGGCCUUAUCCUCCACUCAUAUACCCACACCCCUGCAGUCUGGCUUCUCCUACUCACCGUCAGCCUCGGUUUAGAUGUCCCUUCCUCCAGGAGGCCUUCCUAGUCAAUCCCCUCGGACAUAGCCCAUAAUUCUGAAUGCCUCCCUCCCUGAGAACUUGUCAUGAUGAUUUACUCUCUGUGGCUACUCAGUACACCAGGACCCAGUACAGCCCUGACAUUUAGCAGGUGCUCAGUAUACAGAAUGAAUGAAUGAAUGAGUGAGUGAAUAUCUAUUUACAUACAUUAUAGCUUUCCACAAACCAUGACUUGUCACGUGCUCCAUUGCACCCUCAGCACCCAGUCUAUGUGCUUAGGCCAUGGAAGGCACACAAUCUUUAUUCAUUAAUGACUGAAGAAGGAUACUUGGACCUCUGCUGCUGUCGAUAAUGUCCUGACAUCCUUAUCUCAAAAGCAAGAAGUACAGCCCAGUGACUUUUUCCAGAGGAUCAGGGAUGGGGGACAAAAAAAAAUGGAGGAAAAGCUCUGGGGUACAGCUGUCCAGGGCUUUGGGGGUGGGCUCCUCUUCAACUACAGUUUGUUUACGAGGGAUCCUUAACCUGAGGCUCACACGAAUUGGGGCUUCAGAAGAUUCGUGAGUCCUCUGACACAUUAAUCAAACAUCCAAGCCAGUAGCUGUAUAUGCAUUUUUCUGUAAAAAGGCCCAUGGCUUUCAAGGAGUCUCAAAAGGCUGUAACACAAAAAGAAGCAUUGCUCUACCAGCACUGUCCAAUAUGAUAGCCACUAGCCGCAUGCGGCAAUGUAAGUUAAAUUUUCAAUGCCUCAAUUACACUAGCUACCUGUCAAGUGUGCUCCGUAGAUAGAUGCUCCCUAUUGGGCAGCCCAGAUAUAGAAUGUUUUCAUCACCCCAUAAAGUUCUUCAGAGCUUCUCUAUACUGGUAGCAUUUCUCAGGAGUCAAUGGACUGACAAGAUUUGUUUAAGACGUGUAGUGCUUGUGUAAAGUGAACUGUCACCAUUUAGAAAUGAAAACAGACAUCUGAGAUCCCGAUUUCUUCUGCGACCAUCUGCCAACUUGGGGCCUGAACUCCUUCUGGCAGCCGGAGUGCACAGGGCUGCUCAGUUUAGAUGGUCCUUUAGUCACGUUCAAGUCACCACCUUGGCCCUCCUCCACAUCUGAGUUUGCGACCCUGGCUUCUAGGACACCUCGCCCACCCGGUUCUCCUUCCAGUCUCCUGUGUUUGUAACUAGAUUCCAAGUUUGGGUAAGUGGGGUUGAAUCUGUUUUAAGUGCACAUCUUGGGGUGGAGUCUGGGGCUGAGAUUCGGCAUCCCAGUUGGAAGUUGGGGCGGGGCAGCACCCUGCUCCCUUCAGUUCUCUGGAACUGGAAGAAGAGAGAGGGAAUUUUACCCCAAUCAUCUGUUGCUUGACAAAGAACUUCCCGGUCUUCCUAGGAGCCCUCCACUCCCCAGCCCAGUCGGCCUGGGCCCGCCCCUUGCGACGAGAUCGCGGGGAGGGGCCAGGGCGAAACCCGAGCCCCGCGCCCACCACCCAGGCGGGCGACGUGGCUCCGCGGCCCCGGCCUCCUCCUGCAGCCCGGCGGCCAAUGGCGCGUGAGCGGGGCCGCCCGGAGCUCCCCUGUCCGCCGCCCGGGGCGCGCCCCUCCGCUCUGGCACGGGGCGGGCGCUGGCUGAGGGGCCGGCCCGUCCCCUCCCUCCCGGCGCCGGCCCCAGCCCCGCCGCUGCCGCGCGCGCUCCGAUCCCCCAUUCCCGAGCUGCCGCCUUCGUCGCUCGCUCGGUGCUUCCCCGCGGGCCGCGCUCUCCUCCCGACGAUGGCGUGCGGCGGGCGCGGUCGCCGCCUGGGGCUGGCUCUGGGGCUGCUGCUGGCGUUGGUGCUGGCGCCCCCAACGCUGAGGGCCAAGCCCACCGUGCGCAAGGAACGCGUGGUGCGGCCCGACUCGGAGCUGGGAGAGCGGCCGCCCGAGGACAAUCAGAGCUUCCAGUACGACCACGAGGCCUUCCUGGGCAAGGAGGACUCCAAGACCUUCGACCAGCUCACCUCGGAGGAGAGCAAGGAGAGGCUGGGGAAGAUUGUCGAUCGAAUCGACAGUGACGGGGACGGCUUUGUUACCGCUGAGGAGCUGAAAACCUGGAUCAAACGGGUACAGAAGAGAUACAUCUACGAUAAUGUUGCUAAAGUCUGGAAGGAUUAUGAUCGGGACAAAGACGAUAAAAUUUCCUGGGAAGAAUACAAACAAGCCACCUACGGUUACUACCUAGGAAACCCCACGGAGUUUCAUGACACUUCAGAUCAUCAAACCUUUAAAAAGAUGCUGCCACGUGAUGAGAGAAGGUUCAAGGCUGCAGACCUCGAUGGUGACCAGACAGCCACCCGUGAGGAAUUCACUGCCUUUCUGCACCCUGAGGAGUUUGAGCAUAUGAAGGAAAUUGUGGUUUUGGAAACUCUGGAGGACAUCGACAAGAACGGGGAUGGCUUUGUGGAUCAGGACGAGUAUAUUGCCGAUAUGUUUUCCCACGAGGAGGGUGGCCCUGAGCCAGACUGGGUGUUGUCAGAACGGGAGCAGUUUAAUGAAUUCCGGGAUCUGAACAAGGAUGGGAAGCUGGACAAGGAUGAGAUUCGCCACUGGAUCCUCCCGCAAGACUAUGACCACGCUCAGGCAGAGGCCAGGCACCUGGUGUACGAGUCGGACAAGAACAAGGAUGAGAAGCUCACUAAAGAGGAGAUCUUGGACAACUGGAACAUGUUUGUUGGGAGCCAAGCUACCAAUUAUGGGGAAGAUCUCACCAAAAAUCACGAUGAGCUUUGAUGUAGACUCACCGUAACAUGACAGACUGUCAUAGGCUUCCUUUUAUUGUCUCGGAUGGUUGCUACAAUUGUCUUAUUUACAGCAGUUGUGUUCCCUCCCCCCCCCACCCCCAAAGCAAGUUUAUCACCUCAGAUUGGGGUUAAAAUUGUCUCUCACUCAGUAUUUGCUGGGAAAUAGUCAUCGCUAUUCUUUCAGGAGAUUUCUCUCCAAACACAUUAAAAUUUUGGUAAAUUUCAAAGCUCUAUGGAGAUACCUUGCUAAAACAGGACUUUUUAGCUUUAUCCAUGAAAUCUAAAGUAAAGGAGAAGAAACUUUGGGAAGCUUUGUCAUUCAUAAGUUGGCUGGGUAGGGAGGGGACAGCAUAUGGAGUGACUGCUGUGUAUUUUAACUGCAGAUUUUUUACAUUUGCCACUGUUAAAAAAUUGGCGAGGGAAAAAUUCUGAUUAAGCUUCAGUGGUGUCUCAUCCUACAUGGGCUUCUUUCAGAGCAGGGCUAAUAUUUCAGAUUCUUCCUUCUUGACUUUGUACUCUGAGCUGUUAUUGUCAAUGGUAUAUAAACCUCUGUGCAUUUUUCUGUACAACCUGCUACAUGUGCACAACAGAUCAUUGUUUUUUAUCCUUUUUUUUUAAUGAUAAGAAGCAAUUAAGAAAGAUAAUGUGAAAAAGAAAGGAAUUUUAAAGGUAGGGAGAAAAGAUGAAUGUCAGGCAUUUGAAAAACUAUAGGAAAAUGGUAAACACUUUAUGAUACUUGAGAAAAUUUUCUUGAGAUGGAAAUGAAGUAGAUCUGAUUUCUGAAAAAGUGACUAGAAAUCCUAUCCAUUUCCUCGAUGAUCUCUGAUAGGAAUGAGGGAGUGGGGUCCUAGGGAUGCUGGCCCAGUGGAGCUAUGGAACCCAUCUCUCCCAGUCCCGGUGAGUCCACAACCCUCGGACCUACCCUGGGACCACUUGGACCGUGGAGUUGACAAAGCGAUGUUCAAGCCAUUGGCUGAAUUGGAAGACGUUUUACAGGUUGGAAUUCCGCCUUAUAAGUAGAAAGUGAAUGAAAUAAAGGAUCCCGCUAAGGAUGUUCUGCUGUGUCCUGUGUAUCUGACCUCACAUGUACCAUCUGUGACAUUCUUCAUUAUUGAUGUGGAAUUUAACAGGGGGAUGAGAGGACAUGAGCAAACUUACAAUAAACGUUCUGCAUUUAAAACAUU